AUGAAUUUACCUUCAAGAUCAGUAGGUACAGGAGAUGGAUAUAAAGAGGAAGAAGGAGAAGAAGAUAAAGAAGAAGAAGGAGAAGGAGAUAAAGAAGGAGAUAAGGAGGAAGGAGGAGAAGGAGAUAAGGAGGAAGACGGAGAAGGAGACAAAGAGGAAGAAGAAGGAGAUGGAGAAAAUGACGAAAUUGGAGACGAAGACGAAAAAUUCGUCGAAGACGAAUUUGGAAUUGGCGAAUUAAUUGGAGACGAAUUCGUUGAAGACGAAUUUGGAAUUGGCGAAUUAGUUGAAGACGAAUUUGGAAUUGUGGAAUUAAUUGGAGAGGAAUUUGGAAUAGUGGAAUAA